AUCUACGGUCCUGUCGAGGCAUUGAAGUAGUUCUAGCUGCAGACUAUUCCCGAGCUAUUCAUAACCUUGGAUGUCUUCACGCACGGGAGUCCUGAUGUCCUAUAUCGCGCUCUUGCAUUAGAAAUGGACGACUCCAUUCCACUAUUAGACACGCUCAAAAGGAAAACCAUACAAUCGCAAGCAGAUGCGCUGCGAGGGAUCCUAAAGGACUUCGAAAGGAACUUCGCAGCGGCCAACAAUGGCCGCAAGCCUGGCAAAGAGGACAUCAAGGCCGACGCGACCAUUGCCGCAAAAUACAAGGAGUACAACAAGAUACGGGAUGUUUUGGCAGGGAAGCUGAGUCUCGAGGCCUUGAAUGCUCCUCCCGCCCCUCCUGCUCAUCACUCUCGACGGAGGCAUACUCGGACCGACAGCGCGAUCAGCCUGACGCCUCGACGACCGCGAAACGGAAACGGCACCAAGGACACUCCGUCGAAGGCGCGUCUGCAUCCCAACGAGAUCGAUCCAUAUGAUGCACCGCCUGCAUCAGCGUCGCCCAAAGUCAUCCUCAGCGCCAUUGGCCCUACACCGCGACGGGACGGGACUGUCCUGGGGAUAUUCGACCUGCUACCUAGUUCUGGGUCGACGGUCAAGACCACGAUUUCGCAAGAGACUCCGGCCAACAGGAAAAGGAAGAUUGACGCUCUUGUUGAGGCACAAGAUGAAAACAGAAACUUGAACCCCAACCUUACAAUUGCGCAGACACCAAGUCACAGACGGAGGAGCAGUCGUACCAUGGACGGUGGUGUCGCAGAACCCCUUCCGACGACCACGACCACUCCACGGUCAUGCCUCAACACGGGAAGACGAUUACAACACUCCAAGACACCGGUAAGCGAAGGCAAGAAGUUCAUGCUGAACCAUUUCUUCGCGACGCCCAGUGCCGUCCGCUUCGCGACCAUGAUCCACGACGAUACUGAAGAACCGGAUCAUGAUGUCGCAGGAACACCGGCCAAGACUCCUCUACGAGACACCGUUCUCGGUCUCUCGCCAUCGUCAAAGCACGACACCACCCCGCCUUACUUGAAACGAUCUUUCUCCUUCAAGGAGAGGCUGCUGUCCGCCUCAACCUCGGCAGGCUCUACGACCAUUUCGUCGUCUUCACUAAAGCAUGCUGGUGUAACUAGUCCGACUGCAAGCAGAGCUGGUCCCCGAACGCUACGUCAGGCAAAGUUCGGCCCCAAACCCUUGAGCCAGAUGAUUGCGGAACUUCAAUGUCAAGACGAGAGUCAGACCCAGAAGCAGAACCAGGGAGCAGAACAAGUGUAUCAUGAUGACCAGGAGGACGAUGACGACCUUGAAGCUCUGCGAGAACUCGAAUCGAAUGAAGUCAAUGUCCUCAUUGGUGAUAGCCAAGUGGGAGCGAACGGAAAUCAGGCCGAUCACAGCCUCAACCUAGAGCCUGUCAGAACGUACAAGAAGAAGGGACAGAAGAGAACAACAAGACGGGUCAUAAUGAGGCCUGUCAGGAUGAAACCUGCUGCAGCUCCCAAGUUUGUAGCUGCCGACGAUGAGGAGGACGACGAUGACGAGAAUGAAGACCCAUUAGCAGUGAGCAGUGAGCAUGGUGAUCACCGAAACCGCAGUCACGUCUCCCGAGUCGCUGAAACACAGAUCGUUUCGACCGGUGUCUCUCAAUCAGAGCCGGUUAGUGCAGAAGAUCCCGACUUUGAUUACUUGAUUAGUCAAGCAGAGCAAGGAGGCGACUACAUCGAUACCGAAGACGAGUAUUUACCUGAAGAACAAGAGGGAGGAGAAGAUCUCGACCAGGCGAGUGCAACUCCUGGACGAAAGGGAAGCUCUAGCACAAUUUCAAAAGCGAAGUCCACAGUCAAAGGCAAGAAAGCUUCUUCGAACAACAGCAACAAGAAAGGGUCUGCAAAUGCAGACGGCCAAGUUGGGACGGCCAGGACGAUCGACCCCAACGCUUACUCGCACAUGAAUUUCCGAAGCUUGAAGAUCAAGAAUAAGAAUUCAAAGGCCAAAGGGCGUGGACGAUUCGGAAGGGGACGAAGAUAGCGGGAAGAAACCCAUGCUUUGUUGGAUACCUACAGUAUGUACCAGGUAGGUAGUGUCUAUGCAAUGCACUAUCGAUGCCUGGAAGAAGUGCCCAGGAUGAUGAAUAUGUGUUAUGUGAUGUGAUUUGAUGCAUGAUUGCUCAAAAAAGUACUUGAGUGGACGGCAGGCAAGCGUCGCGAACGUUUCCACAAUGUAGAGCCUUAGCCGUAUGUGGCACAGAGUGGGCAUGACACCAAGAGACAGAUGCAAGCCAAAAAGAAAAGAAGUUCCGAGUCAGGGAUUCUAUAGUUGUGAGGCGAGCCUUAGUAGUCUACAACUAACCAUCUUGUCCGAGGCGGACCAAUUCGUGCAAAAAGUCCUCCCCGUUGACCAACUCGGUGCUACCGUAAACAACUCUUCUGCUGCGCGGCGCGGCGCCAACGCCGCCACCGCCU